AGAAGCUCGCUGCCUUGGCUGCGGCCAUUUCAAAGCAGCCGGCACCCUUGGCCGGCCAACCCAACCGGCCUGGCCUCCGCGGGCAGCACAGGGCAGGCCGGCCGCCGCCAUCGCGCCGCCGCCGGCAGACCCGUGCCGCGGCCCGGCGGUGCCCAGCCGGCCCUGCCGCCGCCCCGGACGCCCGCCGGCUUCGGGACCGCGGCGGGCACGCCCGCCAGCUCUCAAGGCCGCCUCAGGACACCGAAGGGUCGGCGGAGCCUCCGAGCUUUGGCCGCUGAAGCGCGACGUGGAGGCGAGGGGCGCCCAGCAGGGCGAGAGGCAGGACCUCCGGCCCAGCCGGCCCCCCGCGCUGCCCGGCGGGGACGAGGCGAAGGCGCGCUCGGACCGACCCUGCCUCCCCCAGGGCUUACUGCCCCCCUCUCAGGAGAAGCCGCCCCCUCCUCGGCCGCCCUCAUCGCCGCCCCGCCAUGCCUCCCGGAGCCGCCGGCUUUGAAGACCCCGGGCUCGCCCCCACCGCCGGCCGAGGCGGGCCGGGGAGGCGGCCCCCGCCGCCGCACACAAAGCGGCCGCCCGCCGCCACCAGCCUUCCUGCGAGCGACGCCCAAGUCCCCGCCUCAACCUGCAGCCUAUGAGCGAGGAGGCGCCGCCCCGAGCGGCGGCCGGAUCGGGAGCGGGCCGGGGAGCGCACCCGCCGCCGGCCGCGCACCGCCGAGGAGAGCGCCGCGCUCCCGUCCUGCCGCGUCGCGUCCCGUCCCGCCGCCGGCCCCGCCGCGGCCCCCGCGCCCGCGGGGAGAGGAGGCGAGAGAGCGUUUCAGGUCUUGGGAGAACCUCUCUUCUUCCUCUUGGUGGAACUACCCAUAAAACCUGUCUCUAAAACCAUCGCCCGACCCAGGGAUCAGCGAGAAGAGACCCGUAAUGCCAGGAAUGGUCAGUAAAAACCCAGACCUCGAGUUCGACUCUUUGCAGCCCUGUUUCUACCCGGACGAAGAUGAUUUUUAUUUGUGCGGGCCGGACUCCGCUCCCCCCGGGGAGGACAUCUGGAAAAAGUUUGAGUUGCUGCCCACCCCUCCCCUGUCUCCCAGCCGGGCCGGGCUCCAGGAGCACCCCCCGGGGGGGGCCCCGGUGCCGUGGGGAGGGGCGGCCUUGGGGGGCUGCCGCCCCGCCGACCCCCUGGACUGGGCGUCGGAGCUGCUCCUGCUGCCCCCCGAGGCCGACCUGUGGGGCGGCUCGGACGGCGGGGACUUCUUCGAGACGGGCCUCGGCGUGACCAACAACCUCAACUCCAUCAUCAUCCAGGACUGCAUGUGGAGCGGCUUCUCCGCCCGCGAGAAGCUGGAGCGGGCGGUCAGCGAGAAGCUGCAGGGCAAACCGCCCGCCGCCGCCGCCCCGCCGCCGCCCCCGGGGGCCGCCGCCGCCGCGGGCAGCCCCGCCGCCGCCUCCAGCGGCCGCGCGGAGCUGGGCGGCGCCGUGCCCGAGUGCGUGGACCCGGCCGUGGUCUUCCCCUUCCCCGUCAACAAGCGGGAGGCGGCGGCGGCGGCGGGCCGCGCCGGGGCGGCGGCGGCGGCGAGCGGCGGGGCUCCGCGGGGCGGGCCCCCGCCGCGCCCCGCCGGGGACAGCCGGGCCAGCAGCAGCUCCGGGGACGACACCCUCAGCGACUCGGAUGACGAGGAUGAGGAGGAAGAGGAUGAAGAAGAAGAAAUAGAUGUUGUGACUGUGGAGAAAAGACGCUCCUCCUCCAACAAGGCUGUUACCACCCUUACUAUUACAGUGCGUCCUAAAAAUACCACUUUUCCAUCGGUCAGGACACAGCAGAAUGAACUGAUUUUAAAGCGUUGCGCACCAAUUCACCAGCAGCAUAAUUAUGCCGCUCCUUCUCCAUACAUGGAGAGUGAAGAUGCUCCACCGCAGAAAAAGUUAAAAACCGAGGUGCCCCGUCCAGUAAAACCCACGAUCCAACCAAAGCCUAAGAGUUCAAGUCCUCGAAACUCUGAUUCAGAGGAUAGUGAACGUCGACGUAACCAUAAUAUCCUGGAGCGUCAACGGCGUAAUGAUCUACGGUCAAGUUUCCUAACGCUAAGGGACCAUGUUCCAGAACUGGUUAAAAAUGAGAAAGCUGCAAAAGUUGUGAUCUUGAAAAAAGCCACUGAAUAUGUUCAUUCCCUUCAGGCAGAGGAGCAGAAGUUAUUGCUAGAAAAGGAAAAAUUGCAAGCCAGACAACAACAAUUGCUAAAGAAAAUAGAAUACAAGCGGACUUGCUAAACUUUGUUUUGUUUUGUUUUGUUUUGGCUGACCAGGACAGUCAUUGCCACUUUGCACAUUUUUGAUUCUUUAAAAAAAAUUGUGUUUUUGACGUUAAGAAUGUUGGUUUUACUUUCAAUCCAGUCCCUGAAGUAAUCAACAAACUAUAUUAUCCGGGUACGGAGCAAAUGGAUGUUCUUGCAAGGAGUUUAUUGCAAGACUACCAAACAACAAUGGACUGCCUUUGUUUUUCUUCUUAAGAACUGUAGAUGGUGGGGAUUUUUUUUUUUUUAAAUUGUUGUGAGCAUUUGGAGCUGCUGAUGACAUCUAGUUGAGUUUUAAAACGUUCAUUCCUAAGUUUUAUGGUGCUUAUGUUCUAACAGAUGUUACUUUAGGGGUUGGCAUUUGUACCCCUGUGGGAGUUUUCUGUAAAUACCAUCUACACACUUGCCUUUUGUACAUGUCUUGGGUUAUGAGAGGUGGCUUUUGCUACCAGUAUUAGACUGGAAGUUCAUACCUAAGUACUGUAAUACCUCAAUGUUUGAGGAGCAUGUUUUUGUAUACAAAUAUAUUGUUAAUCUCUGUUAUGUACUGUACUAAUUCUUACAUUGCCUGUAUACUUUAGUAUGAUGCUGAUACAUAACUAAAUUUGAUACUUAUAUUUUCGUAUGAAAAUGAGUUGUGAAAGUUUUGAGUAGAUAUUACUUUAUCACUUUUUUGAACUAAGAAACUUUUGUAAAGAAAUUUACUAUAUAUGCCUUUUCCUAGCCUGUUUCUUCCAGUUAAUGUAUUUGUUAAUGUUUGGUGCAUAGAACUGGGUAACUGCAAAGUUCUGUGUUUAAUUUCUUCCAACGAUGUACAUUUAGUGCUGCGUCUUAUAGCACUUUGAAAUACCUCAUGUUUAUGAAAAUAAAUAGCAAUUACAUGA